UAAUUAUCACCUAAUAUGUUCUUCUGCACUUUCUUCACAGGGGAGAAUCAAACCCCUGAGUGGGCCAUGCGUUUAAGAGUGGCUCUUUUUAUCGCUGAAGCAUUAGAUUAUUGCAGCAGCGAGGGUCGCCCACUCUACCAUGACUUAAAUGCUUACAGGGUUCUAUUUGAUGAGAAUGGUGAUCCACGGCUUUCUUGUUUUGGAUUUAUGAAGAAUAGUAGAGAUGGUAAAAGUUACAGCACAAAUCUUGCAUAUACACCUCCAGAGUAUCUAAGAAAUGGGAGGGUUACCCCAGAAAGUGUUGUUUUCAGCUUUGGGACUGUCCUUCUGGAUCUUCUAAGUGGGAAGCAUAUUCCUCCAAGUCAUGUAAGUUCGUAUGUAUUUACUACUUAAUCGGCUUUUGUAACU